AUGGAGACAUAUGUGGUGCAGUGUCCCGACAAAGACUUCAUACGAGUGGGUAGUAAAUAUCGCCUAACAGGACCGAAGAUCAACAUCAAAUCCCACUUCGUUCAUCCACUGUACGGUCUGCAACACAGAUUCGAUUAUGACGUGCAGCUGCUGGAACUAUUUCGAUGUUUAAGCUUUGGGAGGACUGUAUCUAAUAUAGAGAUAAGCCAAGGAGUCUGCGGUGAUGAUGUUAUUGUGACUGGCUGGGGGUAUUCUGAGGAAAAGGGAGACUAUAAUGACAUCCUGCAGCGAGUUAAAAUUGAGGUGGUGCCUUUAGCAGCUUGUCAGAAAGUAAAAAACCCCUGGUACAACCACACGUUGACUACCAGGAUGUUCUGCGCGGGAGACGAACAAGGAGAUGCUUGUCAGGGUGACAGUGGUGGUGCAGCGGUGUCCUAUUCCCGUCUUGUGGGUCUGUCCAGCUUUGGUUAUGGGUGUGGAAGACACCUCCCCGGUGUGUAUGUUAACCUCUCACAUCCCGAUAUAAGAAUAUGGAUCCGACAGUAUACCAGGAUCUAA